AUGAGGCCAAUCACCAUCCUAAGCACUUUCAUUUCCCUUGUUGCCCUUGCGGCCUGCCUACCAGCCAGGGUAGCAGACGGGGACAAGGCAAGCUACAAAACGAACAUUGCGGAUCAUCUGAGCGCUACCAUACUGGGCAUAUGGCAUGACCAAUCUCCUCACCAGACAUGCUCCCCGGACUACCGCGAGUGCUACAACGAGUACUCAACCGGCUGCUACUACGCAUACUACUACUAUGACUCUGGUGGCUAUCCCGCCCCCGAUAAAUAUCAACCACCCGUCUACGACCAUUGCCUCAGGUAUCCGUACUGCAGCGAGACGCCGUACUCGAGUGAUUACACUGUCUCGACCCCGCCGCCGUAUUCUUCGACCCCGUAUCCAUCGUCUACCCCUUAUCCUUCGACCACGCCGUACCCCUCGUCCAGUACAUAUCAUUCCUCGAGCACCUAUCCUUCUUCCAGCAGGCACUACUCCUCAAGCGCAUAUCCGACCUCGAGCGAGUACUCCUCGUCGAAUACAUACCCCUCCUCGCCCGAGUACACUUCUUCAAGCGACUAUACCUCGUCGAGCGACGACUACGACUCUGACUCCUCCACCUACCGCCACGCAAGGCAAUAUACGGAGACGUACACCGACCUCACCUAUUCCGACGACUUUGAAUCGUACACUACGUAUCCCACGGACUUCUACACCUACACGUCGUCCGACGAUUAUGAGGACGACUAUACCACGUAUUCCACUGUGACCUAUGAGUAUGUCACUGUGACCGACGGCGACUACGUCUACACGUGUACCAUCUAUCCGGACGACUCCACUACGACAUACGAAGACUUUUUGGACUACAUGCCGUAUCCUACCGAGACCGAUUAUAGUGGAGGAGGGAACGUACCUCCCUUGAUGCCGUAUCCUAGCGGGAUUUCGGAUUUGACGGCGCGUGCGACUUGGAAGGAGCAACCGACGAAGACGAAGGAUUAGCCGUCUACCACGGAUACUGCCGAGGAUGGAAAGUCUUCGUAUACGUGUUAGUGAAAAGGAAGGGAAGACUUGGCUUGGUAGGUUGGAAAAGGACUUUUGACGUGGAGUAAAAGUCUUUCUGUACUGUGGCCACAAGCCCAUUUGGCUGAGGCGCGUCAAAGUGACAUGGAAUUUGGUAAAUACCGAAAGCUGAUGGGGAUAUUGAG